AUGCCGUCCUUUAAGCCCUUUUCAUCCGUUACGGGGCGCAACUCUUACAGUCUCUUCGACAUUCGAUUAGACAGCGACUUUAUUGUCUUUCGAGGCACCGAACAUGAGUCCACCGGCCAGCUUCUCAAGGGCGUCCUCGUCCUGUGCCUGCAGUCGUCUCUGCGCAUGGAAGACGUCCGCCUUCGACUAAUGGGCACUCUGCGCCAUUCAUGGGCUGACCCCAGAGGAAGUGCUCCGGGCGUUUCCGGCCAAAAAGUCGACAAAUCCACCAACAUCCUCGAGCACCGAUGGUCGCCCUUUGUCGGAACCCAUGGCAAGAGCAUGACUCUCCCUGCCGGCAACUACGAGUGGCCUUUCGAAUUCAUGCUCCCCGGCGAGACUGCCGAGAGCGUCGAGGGUAUCCCCGAAGCCUCCAUCACUUACAGACUCAAGGCGACCGUUGGACGCGGCAAACUGGCUUACGACCUCCACGCCUACAAGCACCUCCGAAUAAUCCGAACCCUGGAGCCCGGCGCCCUCGAGUUCCUCCACGCCAUGAGCGUCGAGAACAUCUGGCCCAACAAAGUCGACUACUCAAUCGUCAUCCCGCAGAAGGCCGUCGUCUUUGGCGGAUCGGUAGCCAUGGAAAUGCGAUUCACUCCUCUUCUAAAAGGACUGGAGCUGGGAGACAUCACAGCGAGACUAAUGGAGGUGCGAGAAUGCUGCGUGCAGGGGCCUUCUGGCCUGAACAUCCGGGAACACCGGACCGAGCGCGAAGUGGCCAUGUGGAAGUUCGAGGUCACGAGGGAAGAGCACUGGCAGAACAUGAUCGAGGACACGGGCCAGGAGGGCUGGGCCAUGACCAAGAGACUUGAUCUGCCCAAGAAGUUGCGCCAGUGCAUCCAGGACCUCAACCACCAUGGCAUCAAGGUCCGCCACAAGAUCAAGUUGACGGUUGCGCUCUGCAACCCCGACGGUCACAUCUCCGAGCUUCGCGCCACUCUUCCCAUCUCCAUCUUCAUCUCCCCAAACAUGCCUCUCGACGAGCAAGGCAACCUGGUCGACCAAUCACCCAGUACCCCCAGCGAGCAAAUCAUCGGCACAAUGGCUCCUCCCGGCUACGGCGAGCACCUCCUCGACCAGCUGUACGAGGAUGUCGACAUGAGCGGCUUCCAGACUCCUGGGAUCCAGUCUGGAUUCAGCAGUCCCUUCUACGCACAAUCGCGAUCCGGAUCAUCGGACAACCUGGCUGCAGCCCUGACUCACAGCCGGCCCGUGGCUCCGGCAGCGCUAUCAUCGCGACUAGCCGACGUAUCGCUUGAUCCCUCGCAGAGAAACACGUCUUACACGUCGAUCGGCUCGGCUUCUGGCUUUACUUCCCCGACGUCGGCACCCCAUGGGGCAGCUCCGCGAUCGGAGCCACAGUCGUCAGGUGCUCUGACGAGAAGCAACAGCGCGGAAGAUGACUCGUCACGCAAUUCAGCCGAGCACGUCGAUCUGGAUCCCAAUGAAUUCUACGAGUUGAACAAGGUCCCCAGUUACCAGACGGCGGUCCGAACCCCGGCACGAUCCCGCGCCGCUUCCGGCAACGUAGCGCUACCCGACUACCAGACGGCUCUGAGCGCUCCCCGAACCCCACCGGCUGCAGAUAUUGUGACGGAUCCCCUUGGCACCAUUUCUGAGGAUCAGGCUGGCGAGGACCACCUUCACCAGGUUCACCAUGUCUCGCGCCCAACCAGUUUGAUGGCGGGACGUUCCUACACGGACGACUCCGCGAACCAUGGAAGGAUGCCUGUUGUUCAAGGGCGUGACCAAGUUGUUUAA